AUGCUUCCUCCUUCGCAAUCUAGCGUUGUUUGCGAGUCGUUUGCAGGUCAUACCGAGAAUUUCCAACCGCUGGUGCUUAAAGCCUAUCGCGGCCCUCAAAACUACAAACCGUUGGCACUUAGCACGAAAAAGAAUGAAGAUUGCUCCGAGAAAGCAGGCUUAAAGCUGCUCGUCGGCGCCGGUGUUUGCCUAAUUUACGAGUUCGCAUUGGGUCACUAUCUAGAAUUCAUCAAGAUUAUGAAGCAGACCAAGCCGCAAUAUUCAUACGCACACCUGACCAAAGAGAUUAUGCAUGCCAAAGGCCUCGUGGGAAUCUGGGAUGGUUUUUUUCCAUGGGGUGCCUUACAGGGAGUAGCCAAAGGCUCUGUCUUUGCAUGGGGACAUUCAGUGGCUCGUACAGCACUCACCCCUAUGGUUAAGAAGAAAAAGAUCAGUAGUGGAACGUCCGAGGUGAUCGCUGGAGGCAUCGGUGGUGGCUUUCAAGGCUUUGUGCUGAGUCCUACGCUGCUUCUUAAAACGCGCGUCAUGACAGAUCCUGUCUUCCGUGAGAACAUGACGCCUUUCGAGACGAUGUCGCGUUCCAUGCGCAUUGGUGUUAAGGUCAUUCAGAAAGAGGGUGUGGCAGCACUUAUGAAGGGCUCUGGCAUGUUUGCGCUCAAGCGUGUUGCCGACUGGUCCACGCGCUUCUUCUUCUCGGUUCAGGCUGAGAAUAUUCUGUAUAUACGCAAUAGUCCGGAACGCACUCUUACCACGAGCCAGCAGGCUAUUUCGUCGCUGGUUGGAGGUGUACUAAGCGCGGCAUUGACCCUGCCCAUGGAUGUGCUCGUGGCACAGAUACAGCAAGCAUCCAAGGCUGGCGUUAAAGUAUCAGUUAUCGAAGUCUUUCAACAGCAGUACCGUGCGGGUGGUCUAAACCAAAUGUUAUCAUUCGGCACCUCAGGAUUCGUUGCGCGUUUUGUUCACGCGAGUUUCACGACGAUGAUCAUGAAAACGGCAACAAGCGUCGUUUAUAACAUGAUUGAGGACCGAAACUAG